AUGUCGGAGAUCAUUUCCAUACCAACAACAUCUACUCAUGGAGGAGCCACCUACUACCAUGUGGCAAUUAAGCUACCUCUUCGGUCUUUGACUGUGCAAAGAAGAUACUCCGAAUUCGAAGAUUUGGUCAACGGCUUAUGUGAUAAUUUAGGUAUAAACGUCAAAGAUUUUCCAUACGAAUUACCUUCAAAACGAAUCAACUGGUUCAAGAGUAACACCCAAAACAUAAUUCUGGAAAGAAAAGCAGAAUUGUCACGGUUUCUAAAUCAAGCUAUACGAGAUUCCACAAUUCAGAACAGCGCUUUACUACAUAAAUUCUUGCUGCUUCCAGUGAAUUUCCGGUUUAAUAGUAAUCUCUUCAACAAUAACGUUAAUGAAUCUACUCAUAGUUCAGUUUUGCUGUUAGAUGAAGGAUCCAUUGACGAAUCCAACUGGCUAGAGGUGUUACGGGUAUUGAGGUUCUCGAUCCAGGAUUCCGAUGUCCUGGCUAACAAUGCCAAAAUCGGUGAUAAGAUCCAGAUACGAGACAAGAUCAAUAAGUUAUUUCAGCCUUGCUUUGUUAAACUUUUGCUGACGUUGAAUGGCAAGCUAAAAAAAGAAUUGCCUACAGAUGAAUUCAGCAGAAGACAGGCAUUAUUGAAAGAGAUCCAAGCCAAUCUUCAACACUUGGUUUCCACUUCACGGAGAGUUUUAGGUGGACCCAAGGAAACCAAGGAUACCGUAGGUUUGUCCAACCAGGAUUUGUUGCAGCAACAGGUUCAGAUACAUAGACAACAGGACCAGGAAGUGGAGCAGUUGCGAAUGAUCAUUUCUCGUCAAAGGCAGAUCGGAGAGAUGAUUAAUGCUGAAGUGGAGGAACAGAAUGCUAUGUUGGAUCAAUUUAAUGAAGAGGUGGAAAGAGCUUCUGAUAAAGUUCAAAGUGCAAGGAAUAGGGCGAGAAACAUUUUAUAG